CACGAGCCUCGUUUUUCUUGACUUUUCCGUCCAUUUCAGUUCAUCGUCACUACCACCAUCCUUUUUAACCGGGACAACAUGGCUACUGCGGCGAGCCGUUACUACAGCGAAGACGGCAGGGCAACGAAAAGACAGAAAACCGACGGAAUGGCCACGGGAUACGAAGAUCCACACAAGACCCUUCCUUCUGUGGUGGUGCACGUCCGGGGGCUGGUGGAUGGUGUUACAGAGGCUGACCUUGUGGAGGCCUUACAAGAAUUUGGAGCCAUCAGCUAUGUGGUGGUGAUGCCCAAGAAGCGUCAGGCACUGGUUGAGUACGAAGACAUGAACGGAUCAUCCACAGCCGUAACCUAUGCUGCAGACAACCAAGUUUACAUCGCCGGCCACCCAGCCUUUAUCAACUACUCCACUAGCCAGAAGAUCUCCAGGCCGGGAGACUCUGACGACUCUAGAAGUGUCAACAAUGUUCUUCUGCUCACCAUCAUGAACCCCAUCUACCCCAUCACCACGGAUGUCCUCUACACUAUCUGCAACAACUGUGGGCCUGUCCAGAGAAUCGUCAUCUUCAGGAAGAACGGCGUCCAGGCGAUGGUUGAAUUUGACUCUGUGCAAAGCGCCCAGCGGGCCAAGGCAUCGCUCAACGGAGCAGACAUCUACUCUGGCUGCUGCACGCUGAAGAUCGAGUAUGCCAAGCCCACUCGUCUGAAUGUGUUCAAGAAUGACCAAGACACCUGGGACUACACGAACCCCAAUCUGGGAGGCCCAGAUGGUGAUGCAGAUGGCAAUGGGAGCAAUGCAGAUGAUGUGAAUGCCAACCCCAACAAGCGCCAGAGACAGCCUGCUCUGCUGGGCGACCACCCUCCAGAGUACGGAGGUGGCUACCAUGGCUACGAUGAGAGCUAUGGGUCCCCACCCUAUGAGGGUCGCCGCAUGGGUCCACCAAUGAGAGGGCGUGGAGGAAGAAGCUACGGGCCAGGCUACGGACCUCCUCCCCCUCCUCCUGGCGAGUAUGGUGGCCAUGCUGAGUCUCCAGUUGUCAUGUUGUACGGACUGGACCCCAUCAAGAUGAACGCUGACCGUGUCUUCAAUAUCUUUUGUCUCUAUGGCAAUGUAGAGCGGGUGAAGUUCAUGAAGAGUAAGCCUGGGGCAGCCAUGGUGGAAAUGGGAGACUGCUAUGCAGUGGACCGCGCCAUCACUCACCUCAACAACAACUUUCUCUUCGCACAGAGAAUGAAUGUGUGCGUGUCCAAGCAGCAAGCCAUCGUACCUGGUCAGUGCUAUGAACUGGAAGAUGGCACGAGCAGUUUCAAGGACUUCCACGGCUCCAGGAACAACCGGUUCACCUCACCAGAACAGGCGGCCAAAAACCGCAUCCAGCACCCAAGCAACGUGUUGCACUUCUUCAACGCCCAGCCAGAUGUCACGCCAGAGGUUUUCUCUCAGAUUUGUGAUGAGAUUGGUGUCAAGUGCCCCGUCAACGUCAAAAUGUUCACAGGAAAGAGUGGUGCAGCUCCCAGUGACCGCAGUGCUUCAGGUCUGCUAGAGUGGGAGUCCAUCAAUGAUGCCAUGGAGGCCCUGGCCAUGAUGAACCACUAUCAGAUGAAAAACGCAGCUGGUCCUUACCCUUACACCCUCAAACUGUGCUUCUCCACUGUUCAGCACGCCAACUGAGUGCACUCUUGUAGCCAGGAAGACGAAGAUUGGUCCACCAUUCCCAUGUUCACAUGUACUUUGACCAUGACUGCUUGCAACACAUCUGGGGAAAAAUAGACUUUCAAAAACACAUCAAAUACUGUGAAAUAAUACCUUUUCACAAUGUAAUUGAUCCCUAAAGUGCAAAGUCAUCAUAUUUGGUAUAUUAAGCAGACUUAUGCUAACAGGCAUUUAACAUUUUUGAUAUUUAUGCCCCAGAUGUGGUUUAUAGAGUAUCAGUAUCCGUGUGUCUUCAAUAUUAAGUUGUCCUUUUUACUUUUUGUAUUAUGCUUAUACAGGAAUCGGACAUGUGAGAAAGCAUAUUUGAAAGAAUUGGUUUUAUGCUCAGGUUGGUUCAGUGGCAGUGGACAACAUGGUUUUGUAAAAGAUUUGUCUUUUGGAACUUUUAUUAUAGCUCACUUUUUUUUUUUUUUUUGUUAUUUUAAUGCUACCUACUCAGUUCUGCGUCUCCAUGUCUGAUGGAGAAUUGUUUUGUUCUAAGAAAAUAAAAAUAAAAAAUCAAUUUAAAAUUGA